AUGGGAGCGUCAUGGAUGUGGCUUGCUUUUUUUUUUUUUCUGCGUUUGACUCCGUUGGGUGCGAUGGUGAGAGGGGCGCUGAUGCCCGAAGGAUCGGACUUUUGGUCCUCUCACGAGCGCCGCGAUGCCGCAGCAGCAGCCGAAUGUUGGUCUCAUGCUGGCCGCUCCUUUUGGCACCCGCUAGCCACUGUAAGGACAAUCCACGCCACCAGGCUGGCCCAUUAUGCUUUUGACCCUGCAGCACUGCCUGAAAACGGCAACCCGCCUAACUACCCAAAAUAUGAUACAAGGACUGCCUCGCAGCAAAAGUGGUGGUGGUUGAGCCUUCUUCAGCGCCGCUCCUCUGUGCCGCACAGCGGGAACCCGAGUUCCUCUUCCUGCUUUCCUUGUGAAGGCCGGAUUCGCUGGGGAACGAGAGGAUAA